CUGCACAUUUGUUCGUCCAAUGUGAUAGAUCACCUUUGCAUCGCAACACAAUCCGACAUUCGUCAAAUACUAAACUAACUGUUUUGCAAAUCGAUUCAUUUUUGUUGUGUGUCGCAUUGGACAUUGCUGCUUAAAGAUCGUGUUCAUAUCAUUUUAAAUUUGUUCUAAUUGUUGUGAAAUUGUUAUUUUUAUUGCAUUCUUUUUUUUUUAACUUAUAAUCGAUCAAGAGCGAAAAUAAUUCCAAAAUGCGUGAGGUGAUGUCAUUACAUAUCGGACAGGCGGGUACACAAAUCGGUGAUACGAUUUGGGAAUUGUAUCGUUUGGAGCAUGACAUUAACGCAGAUGGUACAUUGGCACAUGAAGCGUCAGACACUGGUUCAUUUUUUAGUGCAACCGACAAUGGAAAAUAUGUGCCGCACAGUAUUUUCGUCGAUCUUGAGCCAACGGUACUUGGUGAAAUUCGGACUGGUGUACAUAAACACUUUUAUCAUCCCGAAACAAUGAUUUCGGGCAAAGAAGAUGCGGCCAAUAAUUAUGCACGCGGUCAUUACACCGUUGGAAAGGAAAUUGUCGAUCGAGUACUGUCACAGAUUCGCAAACAAGUGGAAAAAUUCACCAAUUUACAGGGAUUUUUGAUAUUUAAUUCGUUUGGCGGUGGUACCGGUUCUGGUUUUACCGCACUUUUAUUAGAGCGCUUACAAAAUGACUAUGCAAAAGCGCUUAAUCUACAAUUCUCGGUUUAUCCGGCACCAAUGAUUUCAACCGCCGUCGUUGAACCGUACAAUUCAAUUUUGACAACGCACAGCACCAUGGAAUAUUCAAAUGUCACAUUUCUGUUCGACAACGAAGCAUUGUAUGAAAUUUGUAUGAAUAGUUUAAAAGUUGAUCGUCCAGCAUACAAAAAUUUGAAUCGUUUAUUGGCACAAGUGGUUGCAUCAACAACGGCAUCGCUACGUUUCCAAGGUUCGAUGAAUGUCGAUUUAAAUGAAUUUCAGACGAAUUUGGUGCCAUUUCCGCGUAUUCAUUUUCCAUUGGUCGCAUAUUCGCCACUGUUGGCCAGAGAAAAAUCCAUGCACGAAACCAAUUCAAUUCGACAGAUCACAACAAAUUGCUUUGAACCAAACAAUUGCAUGAUGAAAUGCGAUCCGCGACAGGGUAAAUAUAUGGCAUGCUGCAUGCUUUAUCGCGGUGACGUUGUACCAAAAGAUAUCAAUGAUACCAUAUCGCAUAUUAAAUCAAAGCGUGCGAUCUCAUUUGUUGACUGGUGUCCGACUGGAUUCAAAGUUGGAAUCAAUUGUCAACAACCAUCGGUUGUACCUGGUGGUGAUUUGGCGUUGACAACCAAAGCCUGUUGUAUGCUUUCCAAUUCAACGGCCAUUGCUGAAGGAUUCUGUCGUAUGAAUGCCAAAUUUGACUUGAUGUACAAAAAACGAGCAUUUGUUCACUGGUAUGUUGGUGAGGGAAUGGAAGAAGGUGAAUUCGCUGAAGCUCGAGAAGAUUUGGCCACAUUAGAAAAGGAUUACGAAGAAGUCGGUACCGAUGAUGUUGAAGAUGAGUACGAAGGCCAAGAGUAUACAGAAUACUAAAGAAACACGGUGAUACAUACGAACCACAAAAUGAACUCAAGAAAAUUGUAUUAUUUGUUAAUAACGAAUUUUGAAUUCAAAAUAGCAAACCAAAAAAAAACUAGAAAAACUAACCAAAAAUCAUAAAGAACCAAAAAUAAA